GUCAAAGCGGCUUGUAACACAUUCCAGCAGAGAGAAAGUGAGAGACCGAGCGCCCGUGUUUGUAUGAGAGCGGGGAGAAAUGUAUGAAUGGGUUCUUGGUCGGACCUGAGUGUCCAUUACGCACCUGGGAUUUCAUUUUUGGCCAUUUUCAGCUAUGGACCGAAACAUCUGGGGUUAGAGCUCACCACAUAAUCGGGGCUACAGAGAGGUAACAAAGCGGGACAGAAUGGACGCAGAGAGUCUUAUUAAACACUUUCAGCGAGACCCAGAGUCCACUUUAAUGCCGCUGUCUGUGAGCUCGGACUGGAUGGACGAAGGAAACGAGACCACGGGGAACCAGUUCCAGCAGCCAGGCUGGCAGGUGGCUCUGUGGGCUAUAGCCUACUCCCUCAUCAUCCUGGUGUCCAUCACCGGGAACGUCACGGUGAUCUGGAUCAUCCUUGCUCACAGACGCAUGAGGACCGUGACCAACUACUUCAUCGUCAACCUGGCCUUCUCGGACGCAUCCAUGGCGACCUUUAACACCCUCUUUAACUUCGUCUAUGCGCUUCACAACGACUGGUACUUCGGCCUGGGUUAUUGUAGAUUUCAGAACUUCUUCCCCAUCACAGCUAUGUUUUCUUCAAUAUAUUCCAUGGCUGCCAUAUCAGUGGACAGGUACAUGGCGAUUAUUCAUCCGCUGAAGCCUCGCUUCUCCUCCACCUCCACAAAGGUGGUAAUUGCCUUGAUUUGGAUUGUCGCCUUCUCGCUGGCUUUCCCUCAGUGCUACUACAGCGUAACAACAUUUUACUACCCAAGGACUGUGUGCAUGGUGGACUGGCCGGAUGAUUACGGAGGCACCCAUCAGCUAAGUUACCAGUUUGCAGUGAUUUUGCUGAUCUACUUGUUCCCUCUGCUGGUGAUGCUGGUGACCUACAGUUUAGUUGGUCGCUCUCUGUGGGGUGGACACAUCCCUGGAGAGGCAACAGAGUAUUACCACAGCCAGAUAACAGCCAAGAGAAAGGUGGUGAAGAUGAUGGUGGUUGUGGUGAUGACGUUUGCUCUCUGCUGGCUGCCCUACCACAUUUACUUCAUUCUGGGGUCCUUUAACAGAGACAUUUAUAAACAACAUUACAUUCAGCAGGUGUAUCUGGCUAUCUUCUGGUUGGCUAUGAGUUCCACUAUGUACAAUCCAAUUAUUUACUGCUGUCUUAACCAAAGGUUUCGGGCCGGUUUCCGUCACGCAUUUGCUUGGUGUCCCUUCAUCAAAGUGUCAGAGGAAGAUAAGAUGGAGUUGCAGUACACGCACACCUUCAGAGUCACAGUGACACGCAGCCGCCGCAGCAACACCUCUUACACGCACGGCUCCAACAAAACAAACAACACAAACUCAGAGAAAGACGCUUGUUUACAGCGGAAAAUGCCCACAUGCGGCACACAAAACGCCCAUGUGGUUAUGAAACAGGAUGACACGAGACCCCCAGUUUGUAUUACGGAGCACAACCGCUGAGUUUUGAGCAGCAUGAUCUCACAGAUUCAUGUUGAAAACACAACAAACAUGGGAAGGCCUGCAGACUGCAGAAGCUGAUGAAAACUUGCAGGAAAAGAGCUGCUUUGUCAACUUGCAACAUUGUGUGUUGCCAAACAGUGUCAAUGACUGAAAAUUAUGAAAGUAUUUCUGAUCAUCUUGGUGGUCUUGAUGCAUCUUAUACAAUGCCUUGCAUAAGUAUUCACACUCCUCGUUUUUCACAUUUUUGUCAUUUUUGUCAUGUUACAACCACAAAUUUCAUAGCAAUUUAACGGGAAUAUUUGUUAUGAAUCAACACCAAGUGCAUUGCAGCUCAACCCUGUUCCUCAGGGCCCACAGUCCUUGAUGGUUUAGAAGUGUUUCUGCCCCAGCACACCUGAUUCAAGUAGUUUCAUCA